AUGUCAACCUCGAACCCCAAUGCGACAUUUCCGAUAGUGAAACUGAACUUUAAGGGGGUGUUUAUUCGUCGUCCUUUAUCUUACACUAAUGAUUGUAAGAAGCUAUACUAUUAUGAGCGAGGUGCUCCCCUUUUGAAUGGCCUUACGCCUAUCUCGAAUGAAAUGGAAUAUGCAGGUUUCAUCUUUGAUGCAUAUGGAACUCAUGGUCAAAUAUCCCUUUAUGUGGACCAUAUUGGUGAUGGAAUAAAUGAUAUGUUUGAGUCAGAAGGAGCACAUGAUGACCAUGAUUCUUGCAUUAGUGGUGGGAAUGAUGAAAUAGGUCCCCUUAGGGAUGUGAUAGUGGAUUUUAAUGAGGAAAUAGUCACUAUGAAUAGGACAUGUAAUGAUGAAUUCUUGACUAAAUUGUGUGCCUAA